AUGGAGGAAUACUACAAGAAUGCUCGGAUAAUGAUACAAGAAAACACAAAUCAAAUGUUCCCUAGUGUCAUUUUGAUGAAUGGGAAGGGGCCUUAUGGCAGUCUUGGUUCCACAUUGUAUGAGUCUUUCAAUGUCACAAAAGGGAAGACCUACCGGUUUAGGAUCUCAAACGUCGGGACUCAGUUUAGCUUCAACUUGAGGUUUCAGAAGCAUCAGAUGGUUCUUGUGGAGACAGAAGGCUCCUAUACGGACCAGAUCGCGUUGGAUUCUCUGGAUGUGCACGUUGGCCAGUCGUACUCAGUUCUUGUCACUGCGGAUCAAGAUGAGGCCGACUACUAUGUCGUGGCCACCCCAAAAUUUUACAAGUUUGAUGCAUCCAAUAGCUCGCUUGUUGCCAAAGGGAUACUUCAUUACAUGAACUCUGCUUCAGCUGUCCAAGGCCCCAUCCCAGAUGGCCCCGAUCCCUUCGAUUUGGAUUUUUCGAUCAAUCAAGCUAAAUCCAUAAGAUGGAAUCUGACAGCUGGUGCUGCGAGGCCUAAUCCACAAGGCACGUUCAACGUGUCGAAUGUAACGCUGUCUCAGACAUUCGUCCUCCAUGGAUCGAGAGCUUUGAUCAAUGACGUCCGGAGCUAUGUUGUGAACAAUGUGUCUUAUCUCACUCCCAACACUCCCCUCAAGCUUGCUGAUUACUUCAGAAAUGGCUCCGGUGUGUACCAGCUCGACAAAUUCCCUACCCAGUCGAUCAGUGGUGCGGCGGUCUACGGAGUUUCGGUGGUGACGGGGGUGCAUAAGGGGUGGCUGGAGAUUGUGUUCAAGAAUGAGCUUGAAGAUGAGAUUGAUUCUUGGCAUUUAGAUGGCUUUGGAUUUUUUGUUGUGGGAUUUGGUGGGGGGGAGUGGACAGUAGAUUCCCGCGCCACGUAUAAUUUAUACGAUCCGGUUGUUCGUUCGACUGUGCAAGUGUAUCCAGGCGGAUGGAGUGCUGUGUAUGUGUUUCUUGACAACCCUGGGAUGUGGAACUUGAGAUCCCAGAACUUGGUGCAUUGGUACAUGGGGCAGGAGAUCUAUAUUAGGGUUCACAACGACGACCCCAACCCCGCCAAGGAGCGCCCGCCCCCUCAGAACCUUCUCGUAUGCGGAGUGGUGGAUGAUGAUGUUGCUUUUACACCUGCACCUGCACCGGCUCCACAGGAAGGGUGGUGAGGGAGAUCCCUACCUAUUUAUUUUUCUUUUAUUCGAUUUUUUCCCCCUUUUUUAUUUUCUUGUUUUAGACUCAUCUAUCUAUAUUGUGACAAUGAAAUCAGUGAUUCUUUAUUACGACGUGUAAAAUGUAAAAUUGAAAGUUAGCCUCGAAUUUACAUCAAUAAUGAAGACAAGUGUCUUUUCUUUUCUA